UAGAGGUUGGAGGAGCCGCUGAAGCAAAUUCAGAGAGAGCAAACUUAUCAGACAUCGAGCAUGUGCUAGGUGCGUGAACGCCGCGCUGUACUACCUGCGUGUUUGCACAACUGUGUUUAAUGUCCCUUUAAACUACCGGAAACCACUCUGCCACCUGUGGAAGCGAGUCCGUGUUUUGCGCCAUACGUGCUUUCGGCAUAGGGCUUCAGCAGGAUCACAGGUUCAUUUUACUAUUCGCUGUGAUGGCUGGUAUCCAGCAACUAGCAGGACGCUUGGCCCUAGUCACAGGUGGUGGCAGCGGCAUCGGUCGCGCUGUGUGCAAGGCCUUGUCAAACGAGGGAGCGCGCGUUGUAGCUGCCGACAUAAACAAGGAAGGUGCAGCGACUACGGUCAACGAUUUGCCAGGCUCCCAUGAACACCGUGCUCUACAAGUGGAUGUUGGAAGCUCAGAAUCUGUGUCGUCGAUGUUCGCCGAAAUCAAAAAGGCAUACUCCGCCCCUGUGAGCAUUGUAGUCAACUGUGCUGGUAUUCUUCGGGACACCUUCCUUAUGGACAUGACUGAGGAAGCAUUUGAUGAAGUCAUGAAGAUAAACCUGAAGGGGACAUACCUUGUGACUCAAGCCGCUGCUCGGGAAAUGGUGUCAUCUAGUGUGCCAAAUGGAGCAAUAGUGAACAUUUCCAGUAUCGUAGGGAAGACUGGGAACAUGGGUCAGUGCAACUAUGCUGCUUCGAAGGCUGGUGUCGUGGGUUUCACGAAAACAGUUGCCUUGGAGCUGGCCAAGCAUAAUAUCCGUUGCAACGCCAUCAUGCCUGGCUUCAUAGAGACACCUAUGGUCGCCAGUGUUCCAGAAAAGGUGCUGGUGAAGAUAAAAGAAAGGAUUCCCAUGGGUCGCUUUGGGAAGCCGGAAGAGCUGGCCGAUGCAGUGCUUUUCCUCUGUUCUCCGGCGAGCUCCUACGUGACUGGUUCGGUGCUCGAAGUCACUGGUGGCUUGUAUAUGUAGAUGUUGCAUGGUUUAGUUUUUCAUGGCGUGCUUGGUGGUGGAUUAUGUGCAGGAUUAAGUGCAAUGAUGUUAUGACGCCUUUUUAUUGUUUUAUGGAAAUGAUGAUUACUAAGACCUUGUGCACAAGCACACGAGCUGCAAGAGGUAUUGGCAACAAAUAUUUAAGGAUUCGUCCACUUGCAUUUCGCAUGCUGAGGAGCUGCAGAGAACUGUGUAGAUUUUUGAUUUUUGAUUUGUGGCCUGAGUGAUGCAUAGUCAAUUACUGCCAAAUGACAAAGAAACUUCUAUGAUUUUGCUGCACAGCCAUUUGGUGCUGUGCUCAAGUGGCUAUGCAGCAGAGAUAAAGCACUGUUCUGUCUUCCACUGCUGGCAGGCACGUUGUGCAUGCACGCACUACUAUUUUACCCAGCAUUUGUGUGUCUAUUGCUAGGAUACACUGGUCUGAGGGGAGUGGAGUUAGGGGACCGUUCUCACUUAAUUGAAAUCUUUUGUUGAAAGUUUGCUUGACAAAACGUGUGAACAAACUUCUAACAAAAUUUGUUGAGUUGCUGAGUCAUAAUAUUGUACGUUAAUGCUGACAACGGUGAUACCGAGAGGGAGAAGAGAUAAUUACAUUUAUUAGUUGCAAAGAAACUAUGCCCCCAUCUAAGCCUCUUUGUAGGUUACAUAUUCUGACUUAACACAUUCUUUAUUUACCGCUCCAUAGAGCUGGGUAACUAAGAGCCAGGGGCGUAGCCAGGGGGGGGUUGGGGGGUUCAACCCCCCCCCCCCCCGAACUUUUUCAGUUUUGCUUGCGUAUAUAUACACGUGCACAUACAAAUGCACGCACAAACAUACACAAAGUAUGGUUGAACCCCCCCCCGAAAAAAAUUUCUGGCUACGCCCCUGCUAAGAGCAGUGCCAACAGUACAUUCAUAGGCAUGCACAGGGCUCUCCAUCCGGGGGGGGGGGGUUGUUCAAAGCAGCCAACCCCCCUCCCUCCCCUACCCUUUCUGCCGUUGGCAGACUUUGAAAGAAAACAAGCUCCACAAUGGAUGCAAAAAUGAAAAUGAAGUGAUGGCGGGCUUCUCACAAAGGCCUGACAUUGGUUCCCAGCUUUCCGGGGUAAAGGUUGGAAGUAACCAGUUCUUUCAAUGCAACAUCAGGGGUCCUUGUCCGCAAUUAUCGGUAAAAACAUGUAUAGCCAUAACUUUGCACAUUGAAAAAUGACAUGAAAGGUCCUACUGAGUAAAUGUAUGGGGCAGAAUUGGCACCCCCUUUAGAUGACAGGCGGGGGGUGGAGCACCACCCUGCCCCCCUUGUGCGCAUGCCUAUGAGUACAUUGUUAUUGUAAAAAACUGAAAACUUCAAGACGAGCAGAGAUUUGGCUGCAAGAAAGCUAGUAAUUGUUGAACUAUGCAAUUUGUAGACAAAUACUGUCACACGCAUAUGACGUGUAACAAGCUUAUGCACAGUACGUAUGCUAAUGUGUAGAAUUUAUUAGCUCUUUUGCUGUGAAAACAUUCUCGUGGAUUAUUGAUAUUUUCUAAGGAGACUGCAGAAACACUCACCAGAAUGCAACAGUAGAGUCGUGAUAGACUGACUGGGUGACAAAAAAAAGCUUGAAAGAGAUACAAAAUAUAAUGUAAGAAAUGUGUUGGGAGUAAUGGGCAAUGAGCCAUGAAAAGCAGGUGAGACAAUGCAAGGAGUGUAGGCACAGCCCCUUUUUAAACUAAACUGUAUGCAUGUGAUAAAAGUGGUAAACUGCAGGCUAAAAAGACAACUGCAACGAACAAACAAUGAUACAAUUUUUUAUUUGCAUGCAUGGUUGCAAGGUCUUUUCAUGGUACUCGCAACAUUUCUGAAGCAAAGCUCGUCUGAGCCAGCAGCUAUUGGCUCACCAUUUACAUGGCCAUGGCUGAUGACCAGAUUAUCCUAUCUUCAGAAGUGCUUCCCAAUGUUCAUUUGGUUUUCUGAGAGAGCUAUGUAUAUAUUGUCAUAUUUUCAAGACAUGAUACCUGUACCACUGGUUCUUUGGAAAUCUUAACUGGACAUGUUCAAAAAAUGGGACUAUCAUAUGACAUUUGUGUCUAACCAAAUGUCUGUAGCUUUUUGUAUGAGGUCUUCUAAAUGUAGUAUCUUAUUGUUGUUUACUGCCAGUUAUUUGUAAGAUAUGCAUCAGAAUUCUUGCAAAGUGGGAUCUUCGUUGUAUUCUUGAAGUCUGGCAAGAAUGAGUUGUUAGAGAAAAAAAACUUUGUCAUUGUCUUUGGUGAAAUAUUACACCUGAUAUUCAUCAAGUGUCUCAUUGCAGAAUUUCCUCCUCUUUGUGAAAUCUAGAACAAAGUGAUGCUUACUUGUGGUAUGGAAAUAAAAUCGAUAUUACACUGCA